AUGAGUGACACUAGAAAGCGAAGCAGCAUCUGGCUGCAGUUUAAAGAUAUUGGGAACAAGAAAGCAGAGUGCCUUCACUGCAAAACGAAGGUCACUAUAAGAGCAGGUUCCACCACAAACCUGCAUAGACAUACAAGAACUGUCCAUCCUACAGUGCAGUUAGAGGAGAGAGGGCAAGCCAGCUCACCAUCUACUGAUCCUGGUGUGUCUCAUACCAGAACAACAGCUGCUGUAACGUCUACUGCCAUCCCCAUGCGUGCAAGUAUAACCUCUCCUACUGCAACUCAAAGCAAAAUAAGUCAGUUUUUACCUAAACUGAUGACCCCAGCCAAACAGCACAGUAUUGAUGAUGAGUUGGCUAAAAUGGUAGCUUCUGAUUUUCAACCCUUUUCCAUUGUGGAGGACAAAGGAAUGAAAAACUUUGUCAAAGCCCUAAAUCCCACAUACACUCUACCCAGUAGAAAAACACUUUCCCAAACAAUGAUCCCAAAACUAUAUGACACAGAACGUGCAUUAUGGCAAGAAAGGGUGACAAAAGCUCCAUCAGUUUGCCUGACAACUGACUGCUGGACCUCCAGAACAACCUGCUCUUUCAUGUCUGUCACUUGCCACUUUAUUGAAGAUUACAAGAUGACAUCUUGCCUUCUGGACUGCUUCGAGUUCACCGACAGACACACUGCAGAAAACUUGGCAGUGGAGCUACUAAGAGUGGCAAAAGAGUGGCAAGUAGAGGACAAAGUGGUGUGCUGUGUGAGUGAUAAUGCUGCAAACAUCACCAAAGCCAUAAAAGUUUUGAAGUGGACCCAUCACCCAUGUCUGGCGCAUACACUAAACCUGGUGGUUAGAGAUGCUCUGAAGGUGAUCAAAACAACCGUGGAUAAGGUGAAGGCUGUUGUGGAGUUUUUCCACAAAAGCACAGUAGCAGCACAGAAGCUAAAGUCCACACAGCGCCAAAUGGGGAUUCCUGAACUGAGGCCCAAACAAGAGUGUGCCACCAGGUGGAACUCAACAUUUGAUAUGUUGAAACGAAUGCUUGAAAUAAAAGAUGCCAUCAUCUCCACCCUGGCCCUCAUCAACGCAUCUAUUGAGCCAUUAAGCCAAGAGGAAUGGGAGCUGGUGAAAGAGGUCUGCGCCGUCCUGCAACCAUUCCAGGAGGUGACUGUGGAGAUAAGUGCAGACAGGUACCUAGAACCAUUGAAGCAUUGUUUUCUCUACUACUAUUCAGUCACUAUUAUACAUUGCAAACACAACACAUACAGUAUAAUGCAUCACGUAUAAUAUGCCACAUACUUUUAAAAAACUAAAUUCUAAAAGUUGCUGUUUUCUCUCCUUCAGCUAUGUCACAGCCUCGAAAAUGCUCCUGCUUUGCAAAGGUCUGCAGCUGGUGACAGCCGAGAACCAAUGGACAGUAACUGUGCAGAAAGUGAAGGAAUUAGUUGCAGCUCUUUGUUCAGCCAUGGACCGCAAAUUUCUGCGGAUGGAGUACAACACUGUCCUUUCAGAAACUACCUUAUUGGAUCCAAGGUUUAAAAAACUUGCCUUCAGUGAUCGUAGAGCUGUUGAUGAAGCUCUUCAGAGGAUUAGUGCAGCAGCAGCAGCAAAAUGCACCCCCAGCAGCCAGCCAGCUCCACCAUUACAGGGCCAAGUGGAGGAGGAGCAGCAAACCUCUGCUGUUUGGAGGCUUUUUGAUGACAGAGCUACAGGAGAUGCUUCAAGGAGAAAUCCGACAGCUGAUGCUAUAAUGGAGGUGAGGAGCUACCUUGAGGAGCCCCUCAUCCAGAGAGCAGAAGACCCACUGAGCUGGUGGCAGGCCAAGGCCUCAGUCUUUCCACUCCUGGUGAAGGUGAUGGAGGGGAGACUAUGUAUUGUUGCCACAUCAGUUCCUUCUGAGAGAAUCUUCUCCAAAACAGGGCAGAUACUCACGGAGAGGCGAAAUCGUAUCAGGCCUAUCAGCCCAUCCAAGCUGAGGCAUCUGAUCUUCCUGAAUGCCAACCUGCCCUGAGGACUAAUGCUGUUUGCUGGAGUUUGGUUCUGGUUUUGAUUCUGUUCUGUGGAUUUGUUUGAAGUUUAUUGUUAAUUUGUGCAAUAAAAAAGUUUAAUUGAAAUAAACAAAUGUAAGAGUGGUUUUGUCACAGAAUAAAUGCACAGAAUUAGGCAUUAUAAGGUCUCUCAUAAAAACACUGAAAGCAAAAGGGUUUUCAACACAUAAACCAUGAUUUUUUUUCAAAGUUAAGGUAAAAUAUAGGCUACAAAAGAUCCUAAAUAAAGAGCCGUUCGGGAGUCGAAAGAGCCGGCUCUUCUUUGGGAGCCGAGUCAAAAGAGCCGGCUCUCAGAAAAGAGCCGAACUUCCCAUCAUUA